AUGCCUGCAUUUUCACAAGGUUCUUCACCAGAUUUAAGUGCCUUCGCUAUGCCCCUGCUGGAAAAUGGCAUGCCCGAAACAGAACUGGACAAUGAGUAUCGAUUUCGGAGUGGGUCCACAAGUCGAAAGACAAAUAUCUUAGGCAAAAAAGAAUGUCGUCACCGGAGCAAAUCUGGUGACGAGGGCAAAGGUAACUCUCCAAAUGCUUCAAAAAUGAAGAGUUUCUUUGAUACAUUUCGUCCACGAUCAAAAUCUGAUUUAUCGGGCGUCAAAAAGCCAAAGAAGCCUCCAGUUUCCAGCCCGAAUGACCCCCACACAAUGGAGGAACAUCACCUAUCAAUUCCAGGCUCUGUAAAUGAUCAGAACGACACUUCCCAUUCUCCUACAAUUAGUCCGGGCACGCUGUCACCAAUGGGGCAGAUUCUCGAGGAGCAAAUGGUAGGUCGAUCCAAACACAAUUCAGGACCAACGACACCUGUCGGACAAUUUAUUAACAUUUUUCGGACGCGAUCUAACUCAGAUUCACGGACUAAACCUCAUAAAAAACCUCCUCUCUUAAUGCAGAGAAGUCUCAGUCCUCCCUCCAGCCCUCCUGUGGUCAAUUCCAAAUGUAAGUAA